AAUGCGCACUACAUUGUGUUACAUUCUUGCUGUGUUCAGUGCAACGCAUAGCUCAGUAAGAUAAAGAGAGCAUUUUACACGCAAAAUAGUGACAUUGUAAAAAAAUAAAUGAUGUGGACCUAUAAUAGAAUGUGCACCAGUAAGGCGCGUCUUGAUGGUAAAGUUGCAAUAAUAACAGGUGCAAAUACCGGAAUUGGUCAAGAGACUGCUAGAGAUUUUUACAGAAGAGGCGCAAGAGUGAUUUUGGCCUGUCGGAAUAUAGAGAAAGCAAAGGCCGCGAUGGAAGAUAUAAAGAAUAAUCCAUCUCCGAACAAACAAUAUAAGGGUAAGCUAGGCGAGCUCGAGAUCUAUUCAUUGGAUCUGAGUAACCUAAAGACCGUAAAAGAAUGUGCUAAGAAGUUAUUGACAGAUGAAUCGGCCAUUCAUAUCUUAGUCAAUAACGCUGGUGUAAUGAUGUGUCCUCAUGAAAAAACUAAGGAUGGGUUUGAGCUGCAAUUGCAAUCGAAUCAUCUAGGACAUUUUCUCCUGACAUUAUUAUUGCUGCCGAAAAUACAGUCAUCCGCUCCUGGUUGCAAAAUAAUCAACGUGUCAUCAAUUUGUCAUCUCUUUGGUAAAAUACAUUUUAACGAUUUGAAUUUGGAUAGAUCGUAUAGUCCUAUGAAGGCAUAUGCACAAAGUAAACUAGCAAACAUACUUUUUACUAAGGAACUUGCACGUCGAUUGAAAGAGGCAGGAAUUAACGGAAUAAACAUAUACUCCUUACAUCCUGGCGUUAUAAGAACUGAAUUAAGCCGACAUUAUAGUAGAACGAUAAUUCCGGGCGCAAGGUUCUUUUAUCGGAAAAUUAUGCGACCAUUCAUUAAAAAUCCGGUGCAAGGAGCGCAAACAACGAUACAUUGUGCGGUGGAUGAAAAAGUAGCUAAUGAGACCGGGCUUUAUUAUGUAGAGUGUCGUGUAAGCAGACCACAAUGGAGGGCGAGAGAUGAUCAAAUAGCUAAGGACCUAUGGAAUCACACUUGCCAGCUUUUGCACUUGGAACCUGAUGAAAAUCUUUCCACAUUUUUGCAAACUGUUUCACGUCAACUUGCCGAAUAAUAUUUAUUUUUACGGAAUGGAUUUAUAGUAAAAUAAUGAUUAUAAUAUUUCUUGCCUUUAAUAAAUUUUUAUAUUUACAAUACAUCAUAAAAAGAUAUGAUAUAUGCGAUGUCACACAAAAAUACAAACAGCAUAUAUUUAUAUACGAAUUAACUUGUAUGAACAAAGGUACACAAAUAUUCUCAAUGUUCUGAUAAGAAGUAUGUAACACUCUGCGCACACAUGUAACAUAACAUUUAAUAUACUAAAUCUUUAAAAUA